AUUUAUAACAUUCAACCAAACCAGAUAGAGGGAAAAGAAAUUUUUCACGGUCGCGGUGCGUCUAUAUAUUGUGGGACAACCUAUUGUCACCAGGCUAUUUUUAUUACGGGUGAAUUGAACGAGAACGUCGACUUUACAUGGCGAUACCCGAUACAAUUACAAUAUACCACACCCGUACUUUGUUUCACAGUGUUUUAGCCGGGCUCCGGGUAGGAUAUGGAAAUAUGAAAGUUUCGGGAUUGAUUCUGUCCGUCUGUCUGCUUUUACUAGCAGAGCAGGCUGCUGCGGGUGGUCAUACAGAGACAGAAAAGUUAGGAAAAGUGACAUUCGAGUGUAGUGAAGGCUGGUCUAUCUACAAUGGCAACUGUUACAAGGCUAUUGAUGUCCCGAUGCCGUAUGCGUUUGCAUCCCUUACUUGUUUGGGACAAGGAGGUCUUCUGUAUUAUCCUGAGAAUGAAAUAGAGUACCACGAUUUUGUUGCUGGUUUGCUGCCUAAGACAAUUUGGUUUGGAUUACAUAAGGAUGAUGAUGAUGGAAAAUGGAAGAUUGGAGAAGGAGAAGUACCACUGGAGAACAUUCCAAGAUGGGGUCUCAAACAGCCAGAUCAGGGCAUCGGUAAUGCCAGUGCUGUUGAUCCAGUGAAGGAAGUAAUGAUAUAUGAUGAAAACAAGAACUUACCAUUUGUUUGCAAAUACAGAGCCUGCAUGGAAGGUUAUACUCUAUGUGACUUAGCAAAAUGUAUUCCAAGUGAGCAGGUCUGUAAUGGAUUACCUGAGUGCGCAGAUGAAAGAGAUGAAAACAACUGCCCUGACCUUGGAAAAUGGUACCUACACCUGGAGGAAGAAACAGGAUCAUUCCAGACUGGAUCAGUUACUGAUUUCACAGAGAAAACCUGGAUCUUGGAAGCUGAUGUUGGAAAGAGGAUCAGACUUUAUGUACCUCAAAUGAAUCUUCAGACAAAUGUUGUGUUUGUUGAAGUUUGGAGUGGUGGGCCCACAUUUGAAUCUUCUGAGAUGUUACAUCGUUUUACAGGAAGUAAUAGCUUCAUAUAUCUGUAUUCAACUACCAACUUCCUCAUUGUGCGUUUGUAUGCUAUAGAUGUAAGCACCAACACUGCUUCAUAUUCAUUCGGAUGGUCAACAAAUAUAACACAAAUACCACAGGGUGAAAAAAAAGAAACAGCAAUGACGACUUGGAAAGGCAUUCCUAUACCGUUCACAUCUGAAGAAGUGAAACCGAAAAAUCUUAUGCUUUGGUGGCGUAUCGAUGCUCCGGAGGGUGAGCUUAUAACGUACUACGUGCAGAUUGACGCUAAAACAGGGUAUUCAGCAGAUGAUGUAAAAUUUGACAUCAAGGUCUAUGGCAUGGAAGAAUCUCUCGAGUAUCGCUAUUACUACACAUGGGCAUUUAACGAAAUGCACAUAGUGUCUAAUUUUGUGCCUGAAAAUGGCAAUGUAACAUUGCGAUACAAAUUAGGUUGCGGAAUGGAUAUUAAUGACACGUAUGGUAUAAUCGUUUCACCUCACCCAAUACCCAAUGAUCUUAAAUGCUCAUGGACUCUAAAUGCUGGACAAAAUAUGUCUCCUCCUAGAGGAAUGGCUCUGAAAUUCUAUAGCCUGAUGUUGAAAGAAGAUACAAGAACCAAUCCAGAAAUGAAAUUAGAGGAUAAAUUUAUGAUUUAUGCUGAUGGAUCUGAAACAGCUAUAACAGAUGUUGCUUUGUAUGAGGAUAACCUAGACAAUAUAAUACAUGCACCUGGGGGACAUUUCAAGGUGGACUUUGAAUCAGAUUAUGCCUUCAUGUCUCAGGGUUUCAGCAUUGGCUUUGGAACAGACUGCGUAGAUCUAAACGUAUCAGCUGAGACAAUUAAAAGCACCAACAUGACAUACUUCUGGGAAAAUGUCGAGCUGUCUUGUCCCACUGGAUUUAGAUAUCACAUGAAAAAAUACUUUGACAUGGAUAUAGUGACACUUCGAUGUGACUCGAUGUGGGAGAUAGAUGGUGAAGAUCCAGGAGCUAUACCUGAAUGUCAGGUUGUGCACUGUGGUCCUCCAACAAGGAUUCAGAAUGGUGGUGUUAAGUCAGCUACAGGAGUUACCUAUAAUGAAGUAGCUACAUAUUUCUGCAAUGAUGGAUUCCAGAUGAGCAUUGGCGGUCCGAAUGCUACUUGUGACAAGGAUGGCAUGUGGACAGAUGUCCCUACAUGUACAUCGUCGGUUUGUACAGUUCUCAGUGAAAAUAUCCUUCCAAAUGGAAAGUUUGAGAUUAUUCGAGGAAAUGACUUUUCUGGUAAUAAUGCAGACUUUAAUACUGUGGUAGAGUUUUCAUGUGAUCCGGGAUAUGAAAUUGUCGGUCCUACGAUUUCGUUCUGUGAUUCAGAUGGAUGGACGCAUACAGAUAAUCCCCCAAGUUGUAAAAGAACACCCUGUGCUGUGCCUUUAAUAGCAAACUCUAACGUUCCGUUGGAUGGCCCUACUUCACCAACAUUAUCUGGAGACACAUAUCUUGUGAGCUGCAAUGCAGGAUAUAAGUUCAGGUCCACUGAUGCAGGAUCUUUAAAUAUGCUCUGUCAAGCAAACAAAACAUUUGAUCAGACACCUGGAUGUGAAGACAUAGACGAGUGUGACACAAAUACAGACCUGUGUCAGGAUUCAUCAACCAUUUGUAUGGAUACAGAUGGGUCAUAUAUCUGUGAAUGUAAACCAGGAUAUGAACGAGUAAAUGAUUAUGCAUGUGCAGAUAUCAGAGAAUGUGAUGAUGAGAAAGGAGGCUGCAGUACAAGAUGUGUGGAGGAACCAGGACCUUACAAGUGUGAAUGUGAUCCAGGAUUUGAACUGUUUGAAGGUGACGGAUUUAAUGGCUAUGACGUUCCUGCAGGCGAGACUGGAUUGCGGCGUGGAGAUCGUUACCUGGUUAACCAUACAUGUGUCCGUGUACAAUGUCCAACCUUGCCACCAGUGUCGAAUGGAAAGUAUCUCACAAACAGAGACUCUAACUUAUACUUUGAGGAUACAGUUACAUUACAAUGUGCUGACGGGUACCAGGUGAAUAAAACUGGCCUCUCGGGAACAACUUCUUUUGUAUCUUCAUGUAAAAAUGAUGGAACAUGGGAUGAACUAUAUAGCUGUGAAGCUAGAAAAUGCAGUUUACCAGCAACUCCUACAUAUGGCGUUUAUGACAAGACAGAAGUUAUGUUUGGUGAAACUGUUACCUUAACCUGUAACUUGACAUCAAUCAAGACAAAAGAACUGAAGGCUAUGUGUAUCUAUGAUGGAGGGAAUGUAGGGUUUGCUGGAGCAGAUAUCACCAAAUGCCCAGAAAUUGAUUGUGGUGAGCCCGAGUUGGUAAUGCCAGUGGGUGGAAAAUUCUUUAACAACAUAGGGCCUGCAACAAACACAUAUCUACCUUCCACCUCCAAGUUUAUUUUCGACUGUGACAAUGGUUUUGAUGUCACUGGAUUCUCGAAUGAUGAUGAAGGUAACACUACUGUCAGGUGUAAGAAAAAUGGCCGAUGGAACUUUGGGACACUGGCUUGUGCUGGAAAAAUGUGCACAGACCCUGGUACUCCUGGAGAUUCUAAACAGGUAGUUAAUGGAUAUGAGAUUGGCUCAGUUCUUUAUUACACAUGUGACAGAAAUGGAUUUACAAUAACAAGUCCUACUAAUUACACAUGUGAUUACAUUGGUAAUAAUGCAGUGUGGUCUAACAAUCUAGCUGGAAAUCUUCCUGAAUGUAGAGACACAGAAAAUCCAACAUUUAGUGGUAGCUGUGGAGAGACAUACAACAUUGAUGCAGUUGAUCAAGUGUUCUUCACACCUGGAACAGCCAGUGAUAACUUUGCAGUGGCCUCAUUCAGCAGGAUUGAUCCUUUACAGUCUGGUGACAGGCUGCUUGUUGAUACCUCAGUAACUUACACUGCGAGAGAUUUCCAAGGAAAUGAUGAAACAUGUACAGUUACCUUUAAUGUUAUAGAUCGCACAGUUAAGCCAACACUUGGUUGUCCGCCAUCAAAGACAAUUUCUGUUUCUGGUAGAGAUUCUGAGGCCUAUAAUACAUCUAGUGAAAUCUCAGUAUCUGGUGGUACGCUUCAAGUGAGCCCAUCAUCACUUGCUGUGUCUGUUAGUAAAAUUGGCACAGCUGACAUUGUUACAGCUACUGCAGAAGAUGAGUUUGGCAGGGAAUCCAUGUGCAAAUUUAUGGUUGAUUAUGUUGCGAAUGCUUGUUUCCAAGAACAGAUAUUUGUUGACAAUAAUGCAUUGAGAGACUGCAACGAAGUUGGUGGGAAUCUUGUCUGCGAGUCCACCUGCAAAACAGGCUAUAUUUUCUCUGAUAAAACCAGUGCCAAGAAUUUCACAUGUUCCGGGACAGGGAACUGGGAUUAUACCAGUACUUUACCUCAUGAUCGCUUCUGUCUAUUGAAAGAGAACCCAGAGUAUAUAGUUUCUGUGGACUUGAUACAUACCUAUGAGUACAUUUCCGGUGAUUGUUUGAAUGAGUACGGAAACUCUUUAACGAAUAAUAUACCUACCUUUGAACAAAACAUUUUAAGCCUUUGCAACCAGCAGUGGGAUGUCUCAGUAAACACAGCUGAAAAAGGAGGAAACUUUUUUGAGUUUGAAACAACUUUGGAUCUCAAAUUAUUAUCAUCUGUUAGUGUGUCUGAAAGUGAAGACUGUAUCAAUAAAAUUGUGAAUACCACAUACAAUGUGUUUGAUGUCACUGGAAGCGCUUUGUUUUGUACAGCAGCUGGUCAAAGCUACGAUCUGACUGUGAAGGAAGAUUCAGUUAUAUCAGGGACUGGGGCACUUAGCUGCUCAACUGUAGGUUACAGCUUGGUUGAUGAUAUCUGCUUGCCAUGUGGACCUGCCCAGUUUUUCAACUUGGAAACAAAUGCUGUAAAUGCUUGCCCAGAUGGACAGUACCAAGAUGGUUUUGCUCAGACAAGUUGUAAAAAUUGCUCUUUUGGACAGUAUCCAAAUAGUGAUAAGACAGGCUGUCAAGUUACCUGUCCCAGAGGAUUUCGAUCAGAUUCAGGAUUCUACCCCUGUACUGCAUGUGGCGUAGACACAUAUUGGACAGCCAAGGACACAUGUACUCAGUGUCCAGGUGCCCAGUCAACUGUUGGCAUUGAAGGAGCAGCUGAUGAAACAAAGUGCAUUGAGCCAUGUCCUAAGGGUACAUACUCAAAAACAGGAUAUAAUGUAAAUGGCUGCACUCCAUGCCCAGUGAACUUUUACCAGGAUGAAACAACACAAAGGACUUGCAAGCCGUGUAACAAAAACCAGAGGACAUCUACAACAGGAAGCAUCAACUCUAGUAAUUGCACUGAUGUUGUUGAUGUAUGUGACAGAACAACUUGCAAUGAUAAUGGUGCUUGUUCAUAUGAACGUGGUUAUAGGGAGUGUACAUGUGAUACUGGAUACUAUGGUGAUAGGUGUCAGAAUAUGUACCAUAUUUGUGAUGGAAAUCCUUGCACUAAUGGGGCCACAUGUGUAAGAGGGGCAACUCCAACAGAUUACACUUGUACCUGUAGAACAGAUUUGGACAUCUGUGAAAUGGACGUUCAGGAAGAUGCAAAAGUUGGAAGUCAAGGUUUAGCUAGUCAGCUGAGAACUGUUCAAGUAUCAAAUUUGCAAGGGUGUAAAUCUGAAUGUUUGAAUGAUAAUGAAUGUAAAGAGGCUUCAUUCUUAUCUUCUAGUAACUUCUGUGUUCUGUUUAAUGCCGAACUUUUAGCAAAUGAGUUGAAUGAUGAGAGCAACACAGAUGACCAGCACUUACGGAAAAUUUGUAACAUAGCUUUUGGCGGAGACCGUUGUGAACAGGACACAAAGAAUGACUGUGAAAAUGCCGGUUGCCACGAAAACUCACAGUGUAUGGAUAAAAUCAAUGGCUUUGAGUGCAUCUGCCCAUCUGCUGGUGGAUAUACUGGAAAUCUGUGUACUAUGGCGAACAAUCCAUGUAGUCCAAACCCCUGUGAACGAGGUACCUGCCGGGCGUUUGGUUCUGUAAGAUAUGAGUGUACAUGUCCAAAUGGAUAUAAAGGCCUCAACUGUGAAAUCAACAUUGAUGAAUGUGCCAUGUACCCUGAUGCCUGUCCGUAUGGGGGUAAAUGUAUUGACCGGAUAGAUGAUUACACAUGUUCCUGUAGUAGUGGCUUCUCUGGUCCUUUCUGUGAAAACACGCCAAACUUCUGUAAUAAUCAUGACUGCAGUGGUGAUAAUGUGUGUUAUAACAGCUUAGACAGAAUGGAAGGUGUUUGUGUGUGCGACACAGAACUGUUUGUACCUCGAUACCGAUGUGCAAUGAAUGUUGUUCAAAACGAGAGCGCUGUUGACCAACAGGCAAAUACGGUCACUUCUUCAGUAUUCUUGACCACCAUUGAUGAAUGUGAAAACCUCUGUCAGAAUAAUCCUAAUUGUAACAUAGCUACAUUCACUGAUCUUCAAGAUAGUACUGGUAGAUUUAUCUGUGCACAGUACAACAGCAGUUAUGCAUCAAAAACAGACAGUGCAUCUGUUGCAAUUUAUAAAGAUUGUAACGACAGACCAGCUGAAGCAUAUGCAUGUGACCAAGAGAAAAUGCCAUGUGAUAAUGUGGACUGUAACAAUGGGACAUGUUUGAAUAUCAAUAACAACCUUGACAGUUUCUGUGACUGUGAUGAAGGCUUUACUGGUUUCCGUUGCCAACAUAGUAGGGAUGACUGUUUAGGGAACCAGUGUGAGAAUGGAGCUGAAUGCAUUGAUGGACAUCUAACAUACACAUGUGACUGCAAACUGGGCUUUGAUGGCAACAGAUGUGAAAAUGAUAUCAACGAUUGUCCAGGAUCCUGUAAUAUUACCAAUGGUAAAUGUGAAGAUGGAGUCAAUGGAUACAAAUGUAUAUGUAAUGAUGGAUAUGUUGGCGAUACUUGCAAUGUGGAGAUAAAUGAAUGCUCAAGCUACCCAUGUGAACAUGGUGGAACAUGUACGGAUGAAGUUAAUGGAUUUACUUGUGACUGUCCGGAUGGCUGGGAAGGAGACAGAUGUGAAAUUCAGAUAAACAACUGUGCUGGCCGCGCACCUUGUCUUAAUGGAGGAGAAUGUUUCAGUCUUCCAAAUUCGGCACGGUGCAGAUGUGAGGGUGGUGCUACUGGAGAGAAUUGUGAAAAUGCUACAUUGCUGUGUGAUACACUCUCUAACCUUAAUGUGUGUAUAAACGAGGGAGUUUGUGUCAAUGGAGAGGGAACUGCCACAUGUUCUUGUCCUGUAGUGUAUGAUACGCAACGCUGUUUCAUGCAGGAAGGAAUGGUGAAUAAACAGGGUGGAAACAUUGCUGACGCUAAAAUUAAUCUUGAUUCUGGAUCACCUCUCACAGCAGAAUACUGCAAAACCAGAUGCUUAAAUAACAGAAUAUGCCAUGCUGUUUCAUUUAUUGAUAACCCUGCCAGUCCAGUUAAGUUUUGUAGAUAUUACACAGUUGAAGAAGAAACCUUGACUGAUUCUGAAAAUUCAAUACAUUUCAGAAGAUUUUGUCCAACUGAUUUCCAGGGAAAAUCAUGUGAGAUAGUGAAGGACUGGUGUGCUGAAAACCCAUGUAAAAAUGAAGGAAUAUGUAAACCUGUGAACCCAGUAGGAUACGAGUGUGAAUGUAUGCCAGGUUAUAGUGGUCCAGUAUGUGAGACAGCCGCAGACCCAUGUAAAAGCGACCCAUGUAGGGGACAAGCAAAGUGCCAGUCAACUCCAACAGAAUAUAUCUGCCAGUGUGAAGGUGGUAAGGUUUGGACAGGAACAUCUUGCAAAACAUCAAGAACAGAUUAUACAAUGUUAGUGAAUGCCGCUAUGGGCCAGCAGCCUCCAACCUUGCAGACAACCUUUAGAUUAAGCACUAAUGAACUUUCUGUCAUGAUGAAAGUCAAAAUCCACCAUGUUAAUACGGAACUUCCACUAGCCACACUGUUUGCAUUACUUGUAACACCUGAUUUGGAAUUGCCUGAUAGUAUUGUAUUUGACUUUUCCUUGACUGUCAGUAUUUAUGGAAUUUAUGUUACAUACGGGCUUGAAGAAGCCAAGGGUAUACCUUUUACUGAGGAUUUUGGAAAAUCUAUAUUUGAUGGAGAAUGGCAUCACGUGGGUAUUGCAAUAGACAGUGAAGGAAUGUUAUCAGCAACCAUUGACUCGUUACAUGUAGAAGAUCUAGUUGAUACUGGUCGCAACUUGUCUCUUGAUUACAAUGCACAGAUAAGUCUUGGAUAUGGUUACAUCAUAGAGUAUGAGAACGUUGAAGUGUAUGACGUAUACUUAGAACGAAAGGUCUUUUCCAAUGCUUUGGCUGGCAAUAAACCUUCUGAAAACCCUGUUCAGCGUUUUGAUAACUUUAAUUUUCCGCCUUCAGCAAAGUUUAGCAUGGAUCCCCUACAAACAAACAUAAUGAAAAAUCCCAACUUGGUUAUACCCGAACUAGACUGCAGUAAAAUGGAGGACAUUUAUUAUGCAUCUGACAUGAGAUUGACGCUGUGCAGUUCAAUACCCAAAAUUGCCGAUAUGUAUGACUCUGUCACAUCGGUAGAAGGAGAAGAUCUGACAUAUUAUGAUACUGUUGAUUCAACAUUGACACGAGGAUAUUAUCCAGUAAUAUUCAUUGGAAAAAAUGAGACAACAAAAAACUAUGGUCAGUGUAGAUCUAACCUCUACGUAAGAUACAAUUCUAAGUGUCCAUCGAUGGACGGACUGUUCAGUGCAUCAGUAGAGUCGAGACCAUGUUCUGAUACUGUAGGUGGUUACUGUGAUGUUAAGUGUGACUCUUCGCAAGCGGUGAUAUCAGCACCUACACCUUACUACAUCACCUGUGGAUCACUGGGUGUCUAUGAUUACAGGACACCUUUUGCUGAAACAUACUAUCCUGCUUGUGAAGCCGCUAUACCAGCAAAAUAUCAGCUUGAUGUUUCCAUGCAGUUUAUGUUGGAAAUAACCUGUACUAACAUCCCAGAUUCUACUCUCAGUAGAAUGGAUGAAGAAGUACGGAGCAAAUUUGUGGAAAACAUAAAACCAAGAUGGAAUAACAUUUGUGAGGGUGAUUGCACUAACCUGAUAGAUGUACAGUACAAGUGCGGGAAUGCAGACAAUGUAUUUGUGGAGUUUUCCCUUGUUUUAACAAGCUUGAGGUUAGAGGAAGUAGGCGGUGGUUCCGCUGAUGUAGAGGAUGUUCUCAAAAUUGUUAUUAAGAUCGAAAAUCUGCUGGAUAUAUCUACAAUAUCAGGUGCAACCUUAGUUGUGGACAGUGUGGUUAUAAAUAGAUUGACUGUGUGUGGAACAGGACAUAGACAAGAAAGCAGAGACGAUGCACCAAUUUGUGUUCCAUGUUCAGAGGGCUAUUAUUUAACAAAUCAUCGCGAGUGCAAACCCUGUGAUUAUGGGUACUAUCAAGAUAACAAAGCACAAACAGAGUGUAAGAAAUGUGACAAUGACAAAACAACGUAUCGGAAAGGUGUCCGUGAUGCUCUUGAAUGCAAAGUGUACUGUCCACUUGGUUAUGAAAAAAAUGGCACUGAUGAAGUCUGUCUUCCAUGUAAAAGAGGGUUUUAUAAAGAUAUUGUAUGGGAUGAUAAGUUUGGAUCUUGCAGACAGUGUCCAAGGGAUACAACAGAUAUGAUGGGAGCAAUUUCAGUUGAUAAUUGUUCUAUACCUGUCUGCAGCAAAGGAGAGUAUAUAGAUGAGGGUGUUUGUAAGCCUUGUCCUAAAGAUUCUUACUCAGAUGUUGAGCUACCAAAUACAAAAACGACAUGUAUUACAUGUGGAACAUUGAGGGGAACAUUAGUUGAAGGCUCAACAUCAGAUGAGUGCAUGACAGCAACAGAAAGAACAAGCACAACACAGAAGACACCCGAGGAAGAUGUUUCUGUUGGAACUAAAUUGUAUUCAAUUAUUGGAGGAGCAGUUGCUGGAGUGGUACUUCUGGUCAUUCUUGUUGUUAUAGGUGUAUGUUUCUAUAAAAGAAGACAACAUGUAUCUAGGAAACCAGAGAGCAGCGUUAAUACAGCAAACGUUACCGAUGAUAAUGAAGACGGGGUCCACUACCUAAGCCUCGAUGAUAUGCGGAUAUCGAUGUCAGACACAGAUGAUGUGCACUUAAGAAGGCCUUCUUUGCCACUUAGACAAGCCCAAGAUGACACAACCUCUUAUAUGGCGCCUAUAAGCCGAAAUGUCAGUCAUGAUGUUUCCUAUCCAGGACAAAACAGAAGUGAGGCGACUGUUACAGUUGAUGCUAGCCAACAAGAGGCAGGAUACCAUUCCCUACAAUCUGUCAGAGACAAAAAUGCUUUGUAUACAAGGCUAGUGAUAGGAGAUAAAUCAACCACUAGACAAAUUUAUGAGAAUCAAGAAAGACCCAAAACCAACGAUGGAAUUAUACAGCUUCGUAGAUCAGGCUAUAACAAUGCUGAACGUGAUUAUUACAAUAAAAUGUCACUGAACAUGGAACAACAUCAGCAGCAACAAGCUUAUGAAAGGUUAAGGAAAGAUGCACAGGGAGACCAACACAAUUAUGAACAUCUAUGAACCAACAUGACAAACAACACGUGCUUUGAAACAGUCUAUUGAAGUGAUAUUCAUUUGUUAUAUUGUGCCCCCCCCCCCUCCCCACAGUAUUUUUUUCACAUGGUGUUUCCCUUGUCUGAUUGAUACCUUAGGUGGUAGGAGGUAAGGCCUAUGACAAUGGGAAAUCAUUGUAUUCAUUCUAUAACCACUUAAUAUAAUCCGUUUCCUAUGGACACAUAUCUAUAGACUAUAGUAAUCAUUACUUUUUAUGUAGUUGUUAAAAUGACAUCUAAAUUGUUCAAUAGCUAAUCAUUACUUUUUAUGUAGUUGUUAAAAUGACAUCUAAAUUGUUCAAUAGCUAAAUAGUAAAUAUGAUAAAUCACUAAUUAAGAAUAAAUUUAAUCCUAGAAAAAAUAUAGUUAAGAAAAAGUGCUAGAUUUUUUCAUAGCUAAUUUAAGUUGAUGUUUUACAGUUAAAUAUGCAAGUUGCAUAUAUAUGUCAUCAAAAUAGAUUAAGGUUGUGCUUUGUUGUAUAUUACAUUUUUCAUAAUAACAUUUUCAAGCAAAUACAUUAUUUGAUAACACUGCAAACUAAUAUUAUAACCUUUUUUCACCCGCACAACGAGUGCCUGCAAGUCAAAACUUACCCAAACCAAAAUGUACACACGUUUGCCCAAUUCCUGGUGAAUUCGUGUUUAUGUGUGUACCUUCUAUUUUAUGGGUUUCUACCAAAACAAGAAAAUUAUAUUUCUUCGCUCUUCGCUGGCUCCUGUUUUCCUACAGAACAAAAACAAAUAUUUAAAUUAUUUUUCACUCGCUGCCUCAAUUUAUCAAGUGUGUUGAACAAUUUUUCAAUUUGAGGUGGACUUAGAUAUAUAAAAAUGUAUUGAAUAUAUUCGGUUACACAUAUUUUUAUGCUUACGGAAGACUUUGCUGUGUAAAUACCUAAAGAAUGUCAUAUUAUUGUAUAAAUCAUGAACUUUGUUUAAUGCAACUGCCAUCAUCUUCUUUUAAAUAACUGUGCUUUCUUUGAUCAUAUAAGUGCUCUUUCUUGUUUAUCUCGUGUAUAUAAUUAUUGUAUAUUUUAUAAUCAGAGAAAAGUGAAAACAGAAACAGUAAAUAUUUUUAUAUUUUGUCCAGUUUGAAUUGCAUACAUGUAUUUCCGUAGCUUAUCUUCGCUGGCUCCUGUUUUCCUAAAAAACAAAAACAAAUAUUUAAAUUAUUUUUCACUCGCUGCCUCAAUUUAUCUCAGAAAAAAAAUGCAAUGAAAAUCUUUUCAAUUUGGGAUGGCCUUAGAUAUAUAAAAAUGUUUUAAAUAUAUUCGGUUACACAUAUUUUUAUGUUUGCCGGUGACUUUGCCAUAUUAUUUUGUAUAAAUUACGAACUUUGUUUAGGUAAUGCAACUGCCAUCACCUUCAGUAAACUAACUGUGUUUUCUUUGAUUAUGUAAGUGUUUUUUCUUGUUAUCUCGUGUAUAAAAAUAUUGUAUAUCUUAUACUCGGAGAAAAGUGAAAAUAGAAAUAAAUAGUAAAUAUGUAUAUGUGUUCCAAUUUUAAUUCCAUACAUGUAUUUCCAUAGCAAUGUAGCUAGUCUUCGCUGGCUCCUGUUUUCCGGAGGGAAAAAAAAACAAAUAUUUAAAUUAUUUUUCACUGGCUUACUCAAUUUAUCUCAGAAAAAAAUGCGAUGGACAACUUUUCACUUUUGGAUGGCCUUAGAUAUAUAAACAUGUAUUAAAUAUAUUCGGUUACACAUAUUUUUAUGUUUGCAGAUGACAUUGCUAUAUUCUUUUGUAUAAAUCAUGAACUUUGUUUAAUGCAACUGCUGUCACCUUCUAUAAACUAACUGUGUUUUCUUUUAAAAAAUAACUGUGUUUUCUUUGAUAAUGUAGCCCCAUGUGGUUUUGGGACGAUUUGUGUAUGAAAAGAAUUGGAACCACUGCCUUACCCUUGCAUGAUCGUAAGAGGCGACUAAUAGGGUCUUAACAUUUGGUUUUGCAGUAACUCUGUGAUUCCAGCAGGUAUGCAAAUUUUGAUUCCAUACCUCAUGAUUUUAUUUCGAUGUAAAUGAGAUCUGGAACCAAAAUUUGUAGUCCUGUUUGGCGCCAUAUAACCUAUACUGUGUUGGUGCGCCGUAAAACCCCAAAAAAUCAAUAAAUUUGAUUAUGUAAGUGUUUUUCUUGUUAUCUCGUGUAUAUAAAUAUUGUAUAUCUUAUAAUCGGAGAAAAGUGAAAAUAAUAAUAAAUAGUAAAUAUGUAUAUGUGUUCCAAUUUUAAUUGCAUACAUGUAUUUCCAUAGCAAUGUAGCUAGUCUUCGCUGGCUCCUGUUUUCCGGAGGGAAAAAAUACAGAUAUUUAAAUUAUUUUUCACUCGCUUGCUCAGUUUAUCUAAAAAAAAAUGCGAUGAACAGUUUUUCACUUUGGGGUGGUCUUAGAUAUAUAAACAUGUAUGAAAUAUAUUCGGUUACACAUAUUUUUAUGUUUGCAGAUGACAUUGCCAUAUUAUUUUGUAUAAAUCAUGAACUUUGUUUAAUGCAACUGUCGUCAGCUUCUGAAAACUAUAUAUUUAUAACUGUGUUUUCUUUUAAAAAAUAACUGUGUUUUCUUUGAUAAUAUAGCCCCAUGAGGUUUUGGGACGAUUUGUGUAUGAAAAGAAUUGGAACCACUGCCUUACCCUUGCGUGAUCGUAAGAGGCGACUAAUAGGGUCUUAACAUUUGGUUUUGCAGUAAAUCUGUGAUUCCAGCGGGUAUGCAAAUUUUGAUUCUAUACCUCGUGAUUUUAUUUCGAUGUAAAUGAGAUCCGGAACCAAAAUUUGUAGUCCUGUUUGGCGCCAUAUAACCUAUACUGUGUUGGUGCCGCGUAAAAAUGGUAUAAAGGGAAACAAUCAAAUUUAACCAAUCUGGCUUAAUAAUCAAGGGACAAUACUCUUCAAAACACGGUCUCAUUUCUGGACAUGGCCGUAAAACCCCAAAAAAUCAAUAAAUUUGAUCAUGUUAGUGUUUUUCUUGUUGUCUCGUGUAUAUAAAUAUUGUAUAUCUUAUAAUCGGAGAAAAGUGAAAAUAAUAAUAAAUAGUAAAUAUGUA